AUGCCACCCGCAUCAACUCAAGCGCGUGAUCCGGGACCGAAAUUGCCCCGAUUUGCUCUCAGUGUCACAUCUUUUGAGAGCAAGACAGCGGACGCUCAUGCUGUUGAACGUCCAACCCAAAGAGAUGAUGCUCGCAACGAUGAUCACGAGGACGCCGGCGCCUACGCUAGUGAGGCUCUAGGGAAAUUGCUCAGAGCGAACAGAAGCCUUCGCCCGGUCGAAGGCAAUCCGACCCCAAUCGAAUUUUGGCCGGAGGAUCAACUAAAGGAGCUGUUGACGGAGUCGUGUGUCAAAGAUGCUUUCAAGUGUCCUAAACUCACACGUCUUGCGGGCAGUGUUGAUACGAUCAUGGUGACACAUCUCAAGAUUUUGGCGAUUCUGGCUCUCGUAGAGAAGUUGAAAUAUAUCGGAGAAUUCAUGGAAAACCGUGUCUCCGACCAAGACCUGCCUUUAGUCGAAUGUACAACCGGGGACCCUGUGGAAUCACAUAUUGCCCAACGCAAGACACCAUGGCAACGGCUAGAGUUCCUAAAGAAGUUGAAAAUUGAUCAACGACGUUUAUUCUUACGCUACCAAUACUGCGUGUCGCCUCCUUCUUUAACAAUGGGGCCUGACGGAACGUCCGCUAGGCAUGAGGAGUUUCCGGACCAGACUAUCAUGCCUUGGAUUUCAGCACUCAAGAAAAAAGAGGAAGGAGGUUAUUCCCAAGUUUUUGAGGUAGACGUCCAUUCCUACUGUCAUGACUUUCGUGAGAUCCUCGAAUCAUUGUCUAUCCCGAGCGGCAACAGAUUCGCCGUCAAGAAACUUACGAAGGGAAAGAAUCAGACUGCAGCAGAUAUUCGCGUGAAGUUCGAAAACGAAAAGCAUAUGUUGGGACGGUUCAGAGGGCAUCCGCACUUGGUCACAAUGUUGAUGAGUUGGACUUUGAAAGAAGAAUACUACUUCUUGUUUCCGUUCGCUGAAUCCGACCUUGAUCGCUACUGGAAUGACGUAACGAACUGGAAUGCUCUCGGAUCUUCUGAUUCAGAGCGCUGCUAUGAGACUAUCCGCUGGAUCUCCGAGCAAGUUUACAAGAUGGUCGAAGCUCUGGAGCACAUUCACAAUCUCGACAAUGGUCUGACUGCAGACAAUAAAAGAUUCGGUAGGCACGGGGAUCUGAAGCCUGAGAACGUCUUGUGGUAUCGUUCUACGAAAGACGUCAGAGGUUUCUUCGUUAUAGCAGAUCUUGGUCUAGCUGCGUGUAAUACAGAACACAGCCGGUCGGGGAUUCCCAGCAACACCGUCGCAAGAACCCCGAACUAUCGAUCACCAGAAUGCGAUCUGGAGGACGGAAAGAUAUCUAGAUCAUACGAUAUCUGGACUCUCGGUUGCCUUCUUCUGGAAAUGGUUUGCUGGAUUGUUGGUGGACCUAUCUCCAGGAAAAUAUUUGCGAAUGAGCGUACAUCAGCAUAUGUUACGGGCAGCCAGUCUGAUAUAUUCUUUGACGUGGAAGAGAAGCGUGAUGGAACUGGCCAUGUUAUGUUCGUGAAGAGAAGUGUAGAGAAGGUCAGCAACAGACUUAAGUUCCCUGCGUACUGUGACUGA